AUGGAUAUGAACCAAAAUAAGGGUCUUCAUAUAAAUUUCGAUUAUAUUGCGGAUCACUUUAAUGAAUACAUUUCUGAAGGUAAUGUAUUUGACGUUUUUGAACAGGAUGAUAUCAAAAAAAUCUUAAAAAGAACAAAUUUAAGUUCAGAAAACUUCAUUAAUCUUAUCAGCCAAUCGAAUAAUCCAUCAAAAUUGUUUGUAGUUGCUCAAAAUGCAAAAGUUUCAAUCAACAAUUUACAAGAUUCUAUUUCAGUUCUUGAAUCAGCCAAACAAUUUAUGAAAUUAGAAUUCUUAGAAGGUAUAAUUGAUAUUUUACAUCAAACAAGUCAAGAAAUUAACAAACUCACUGAAGGAUCAGAGUUAAAAGAAAUUCAAUCAAAAAUAGCUGAAUUCAAAGAAUCUGAUGAUUUCGAUUCAAUCUACAAAUUCUUUGAAGAGCUAUCAGAGAAAACCUACCUAAGUACGAUAUCGAAAGCAUGUGAAGCUGGACUUGGUGAAAAGAAAGAGAAAGAAUAUGGAAAAAAUAUUCUUAUUGAAGCAUCACAUAAAGGAAAUCUUAAACUCGUUAAAUCUCUCAUUGCAAAUGGCUGCAACAUUGAAUCAAAGAGUAAUAAUGGAUCGACAUCUCUAAGUUGGGCAUCUGAAAGUGGCCAUCUUGACGUUGUUAAAUAUCUUAUUUCAGUUGGAGCUGAUAAAGAAGCAAAGAAUAAAUUUGGAUUUACUCCACUAAAAUUCGCAUCACAAAAAGGUCAUCUUGAAGUUGUUAAAUAUCUUAUCUCAGUUGGAGCUGAUAAAGACGCAAAAGAUAAUGAUGGAUAUACUCCACUCAUUUGUGCAUCAUUAUGGGGCCAUCUUGACGUUGUUAAAUAUCUUAUUUCAGUUGGAGCUGAUAAAGAAGCAAAGUCUAAUGGAGGAUCUACUCCACUAAAAUUUGCAUCACAAGAAGGUAAACUUGAAGUUGUUAAAUAUCUUAUCUCACUUGGUGCUGAUAAAGAAGCAAAGGAUAAUGAUGGAUAUACUCCACUCUUUGCAGCAUCAGCUAAUGGUUAUCUUGAAGUUGUUAAAUAUCUGAUCUCUGCUGACGUUGAUAAAGAAGAAAAGGAUAAUUAUGGACAUACUCCACUCAUUGCAGCAUCAAAAAGGUAG